AUGUCCUCCUCGACCACUGCUUCCCCUUCAAACACCAACACCAACACUGCCUCUGGCUCUUCCUCCACCGCCGCGACCUCGUCCGUCUCCAUCCCCCAGACAGCGGCCAACGGCGGUGUCACCGUGACCCAGCCCCCGAGUUCUGCAAGCGCGAGUUACUACAAGAUCGCCGAGGACAGCUGGGUCACUUUUGGCUGGAACUUGACUAGUCUCUACGUCCAACCCACCUCCCUCACAGUCAUCGCCUCCUGCUCCGCCAACGGCUAUACCUACUCCGUCGGCCCCACCACCUCCCCCUACAACGUCUUUCCCGGCAACACCACCCAAAUCGAGUGGAACCCCUGGCAAUGGGAGCAGAACCCGACCCAGGUGGCGUUUGCGGAGGCGACGUAUGUGCUCAAGAUUUGGGAUGAGAGGGGGGAGGGGGCGGCGGCGACGGCGGGGUAUAUGAGUCCGUAUUCGGGGACGAAUUUCAUGAUGUAUAGGCCGGCGGGGUAUACAAGUAUUGCUGACGGAUGGCAAUACUCGAACGCAUUCCAUACACUCACCCAGCCGGCGCAUCUCAUGAUGCUCUGCACACUGCUCAUCACGCUCCUCUCGGCUUGGGGUAUCCUCCGGCGAUAG